AAAAUCAACGAUCUCAACCGUCUAAAAAACACUAUUGUAGUGUCGCUUGCGGUUCGCCGAGAGGCCCGGGAAUGGGUAGAUUAUUAUGCGUUCUAAGAAUGUUUUUAUUGCUGUUCACGUCUUCGUUUCCUGAUAAUGACGAUUGUUACGAGUCCACCGAACGUGCGCGUCAAUUAUUAUUAUUAAUAUUAUUAUAACAACCAAUAAUUACAUCGACGUCCUAUGUUAUUAUGUUAACGCGUAGACCGCCUCACAAGUCACAGUCGUCAGUCGUGCCAUGGAGCAUUAAUGUCCCGUUUAUCUAAUACCAAUAACAUAUUAUUAUUAUUAUUAAAAUAUAAUUUAUAUCUGUGAUAAAAAUCGAGCCGCAGCUGAUUUCUCAACAAAUUUUGAAUGUACCAAAUAGUUGAUAAUAACAAUAUUAAUUCUUGUUAUUUGAGUAGUUCUGUUGUGGGUCCAACGCCUCUUAACUGCCUACCGUACGGUGACGUUGCGGAACGAUGGAUAAGACGCAAAACAGUAAGUCGAACUUCCGCCAUUGAACAGUCUGUUAAAUCGAAAACCCCGCUUCGAAUGACCCAACAGCCCGACAGGUGUCGAUUGGACGACAAGAUCACUAYAUGGACGACGAAACAGAUCUCGGCGAGUCGUUGGCUUCAAGCCAAGAUUGUUCACCUAACAGCUCAUCCCGUUUGUCCAAAUCUGAWAUGUCUGGGAAUCAGAUGCUUGAUAACUGGUGUCUAAGUGUACAUUGCACAACUUCUAUUGAAGAUUUUUGUGAUGGAGAUUUGGAGCAACCAGACACAGAUCCAUCACCAUCGACUUCUGGACUAUCAUAUGAUUUAACAGCAUUUUCAAAAACAACAUCAGCCAUGACUAUGUUUUAUCCACACUUGAAUGGUUAUGACAUUCACCCAUUGCUUUUGAACCAAAGACAACGAAAUCAAAUGGAAUCAUCAUUUAUAGAUCCAUUAAAUUUACCACCACAUCCUCUUAUGUCAGAUGUUCCACGUCAAAUGAUUAAUAAAAAUAAGGUACGUGCAAAAGUAUCCCACAGGCGAUCAGAUUUUACUAACACCCAGUCAUCAAAUUUUGAGCAACCUUUAACCGUUGAUACAGAAAAAUAUCAUCGCAAAUCUUUUUAUUGUGCCGCAUGUUGUAAAACGUUUAAAUUCCAAACAUCGUUGUUGCGACACAAUAACAAGGUGCACAUUAGUAAGUACCAGUGUCAAUCAUGUCAUCGUGUAUUUUCAAGACAGGCAUAUCUUGACGUGCACACAUCUAAACAGGGAAGUUCAUGUUUCCUGGAUAAUGGAUAUGCCAUUGAAAAAUCAAAAAAAAAAUAGUUUUAUUUGAAAAAAAAGUUAUUAAGUUUAACCAAAAAUAAUAUAAUAAAUAUAUUUUACAUAAUAAACAAUAGGUAAUUGUAGGGUAAAAUAAGUUUAAAUCUUCACUUAUGAAGUGUGUCUCUAAAAUAAGUGAAAACAUUUUUAUGAGUACUGUUUAUUGUUUGUUAUAUUUGUUGUUUAUAGUUUAUAUUUAUUUAAAAAUUACAUAAGAAUCAUGAAACAUUUAUUCUAGUCAGAGAACAGCCCGCUCUAGUCUACUCAGUAGUUCAUCCAUAUUAGCAUUAAAACAUUUAUUUACAUUUGUCAUUACUCUGGUAAUAAUGGUACAUCAAGAAAAAUAAUUUUUAGUCCAAUAUUUAUAACAUAAAACUAAAUACUUGGUUCAGUCAUUUAACAUAUUUAUAUAUUAUAUAAAAAUAUUAAAAAUGUUUAAUUUAUUAUAUUGUGCUCUAUACGGAAUGCUUCAAACAUGUUUUAUCACAAUAUUUAUAAAAUUCUGAUUAUACUAAAGGGAAGUUUAGACUGACUAUUUAUGAAUUUAUAAAACAAAAAUUAUCUAUAUGUGUAGUGUGGUAACAUAUUUAUUUAUUAUUUUACACUACAUACCUACUUCUCUCUUUUACUUUUAUAUUUAUAAAAAUGGUAAUAAACCAAAAUUGAUAAAUCAUUCAUUCCUCGAUACCAAAAAACAUUCAUUGAUGAGCUUAAUAUAAUUUCCUAAGAAAUU